GUUCUCGGCCAGCUCUGUCAACACCCCCAUUUCCGAUACCCCUCUGUACACUUAGUAGUCUUCGUGAGAGCGACUUCCCGGCAUCAUGCAGGCCCUCAGACAACCCAUGCGUGCGGCGCUCACCAAGGCCGCGGCCAGGCCCUACAGCACAGGCUCGUCGCAGUACGCCGAGACAAUCAAGAACCUCCGCAUCAACGGCGACACCAAGGUGCUGUUCCAGGGUUUCACCGGCAAGCAGGGAACCUUCCACGCGCAGCAGGCGAUCGAGUACGGCACCAAGGUCGUCGGCGGCACCAACCCCAAGAAGGCCGGCCAGGAGCAUCUCGGCCUCCCCGUCUUCGCCAAUGUCGAGCAGGGCAUCCGCGAGACGGGCGCCACUGCAACCGCCAUCUUCGUCCCUCCCCCCGUCGCCGCCGCCGGUAUUGAGGAGGCCAUCAAGGCCGAGGUCCCUCUGAUUGUGACCAUCACCGAGGGCAUUCCCCAGCACGACAUGGUCCGCAUUACCGACAUGCUCAAGACCCAGAACAAGUCCCGCAUGGUUGGCCCCAACUGCCCUGGUAUUAUCGCGCCCGGCCAAUGCAAGAUCGGCAUCAUGCCUGGCUUCAUCCACAAGCGCGGUCGCGUCGGUAUCGUCUCCCGCUCCGGAACCCUCACCUACGAGGCUGUCAACCAGACCACCCAGGCUGGCCUCGGCCAGUCGCUCGUCGUCGGCAUCGGCGGUGACCCCUUCUCGGGCACCAACUUCAUCGACUGCCUGAAGGUCUUCCUCGAGGACGGCGAGACAGACGGUAUCAUCAUGAUUGGAGAGAUUGGUGGAACUGCCGAGGAGGAUGCCGCCGACUUCCUGAAGGAGUACAACACGGCCAACAAGCCCGUUGUCAGCUUCAUCGCUGGUAUCUCCGCGCCGCCGGGCAGGAGAAUGGGCCACGCUGGUGCCAUUGUCAGCGGAGGAAAGGGCGACGCCAACUCCAAGAUCGCCGCCCUGGAGGCUGCCGGCGUCGUUGUUGAGCGCUCGCCUGCUUCGCUCGGCAAGUCGCUGUACGACCAGUUCAUCAAGCGCGACCUGAUAUAAUUUCCUUGCAAGAUUCGCAACGAAGCGCGGUGGAAAUUGGGUUGAUCUGUUCAAAGUUUCGAGCGCAUAUCCGGAUGGGGCAGGCUGCAGUUGCUGCAUGAAGGGAUGUUUUGUACCAAGUCCCGUCUAUUGUACAUUUAGUCAUUUCACGCAAUCUUGACGUCUGCAUAAGACGCCGCUCGCACCCAACUUGUCCUGCUGGCUGUCGUGACCGCGGGAGUGCAUAUAAAAUCGCGCUAGUUGGAGCCCCACAAGAAAGU